UCCAGUCCGCAUUAUUUGGGAAGGACAGACGGGGGCAGCUUCGAUAGCAAUCUGGGCACACGUGAGCCGCAGCCGCUUUGUUCUGGCCUUCGCUGGGUCCCCGCCAUUCCCCGCAGGCUUCGCGCCAGCCCGUUCCGCCCCAGACUUAAACCCGAUGUCCCGACGCGCCUCGGCCACAUGCGGCGCCGCCGAGGUGUCGGAGUGCCCUCUGCUGGCACCUGUGGGCGGCGUGGGCGGCGGGGGUUCGGCAGGGCCCGCCUUGCGGGGCUCGCAGCGACGGCGCUGGUGCUGACCGCGUCGGCAGCGGCGUGGGCGUCCUCCCCAGGCCCCGUCGCGCUGCCUCCUGGGCGUGCGCUUCCCAAGCCGCCCCCCGCCGGCCAGGGCCGGCCCCCCGCCGACCCGCUGAGCGCGCAGCUUCGCUCCUUCGUGGCGGGGGCGCUGCCGAGCCGCCGGGACCGCGGGGCAAAGGAGGAGCUCCUGGCGGAGCUGCGGGCGGCCGCCGUGGAGGCCUUCGGCCAGGGGGCCCUGGUGCUCCCCUUCGGGUCCUCCGCGAACGGGUGCGGCGAGGCACACUCCGACCUGGACGCCACGGUCCACGUGCCCGCGGGGGGCUGGAGGUCCAGAUCGGCGCUGCGGCGCUUGCAGAAGCGGCUGUUCUGGCACGACAUCAGCGUGGUCGAGUGCCGCCUGGGGGCGCCGGUCCCGAUCUUGGUGCUGCAGUCGCGGGACGGCCUGGAAUGCGACCUGAGCUAUCAGAACAUGGUGCCUCUGCACAACACGCUGCUGGUUCGGACGUAUGCGGAGCUGGCCCCCGAGCUCACCGGGCUGAGUAUCGUGGUAAAGCGUUGGGCCAAAAACCACAAUAUAGCAGGUACCCAUGUUGGUUCGAUUUCGUCAUACGCCUGGACUUUAAUGGUGAUCUACUACCUCCAAGUCUGCCAUGGGCUUCCCUCGCUCCAUCAGCUGGCACCUCUCGACCGAGCGCACCGCUUCUGCCACUCGAUGGCUCCCGAAUUCACGGAUCUCGAGACAGCCAGGGCGUUGAUGGCUGCAGAAUGCGCGGGGCAGUGGUCAAGCACAAGGGGCGAGUGCGGUGGGCUGCUGCGAGGCUUCUUUCGUUUUUACGCGGUGCAGUUUGGAUGGGCACACGAAGUGGUCUCUGUGCGCUUAGGGAGGCGCGCCAACAUAUCAUCUGCCACUGUUUCCGGGCCGCUGUUUCACAUGAGGGGCCCGAUCAGCACUCAGAAUUGCUUGCACAUCGAAGACCCUAUCGAGAUCAAGAAUCACAACUACGCCCUCUCCGACAGGGUACUCGGUGCCCUUAGGCGAGAGAUUAGCCGCGCCAACGAACUGCUUGAAGCUGGCGGUAGCCUGACUGAGCUGUUGGACCCGUUUGCAUCGCUGGACCAUCGUGCUGUCGCUAGCAGCACGAUGGCCGCAAACCAGGGCCACGAGUCUUGGCUGGAGGGCUUCAUAAGAAUUGCGCAGCACAUACCUCCGUUGCCGUGCAAGUGCCACACGUGCGGAGUGCUCCUGGACCAUCUCACCAUGGCGCAACACCUGCGCUGGGACCAGUGCAGAGGCGGGCCGGCGGACGGGAACGGCUGGGGUUGCGCCGGGUGCGCCGCCUUUUUUGCGAGCCCCGACCGCCUCGAGGCGCACCAGAGCCUGACUGGCCACUGGGGCCACGCCGCGCCCUGGGAAGUCCUGGACGUCGGGCGUGCGGCCAGCGGGCGACACCCGCGGCUGCGGCCCGCCUCUUCGGAGCACACGCCGGCGGCCAACAGCUUCUUCCGCGAGCAGAUGCGCGAGCACCAGCGGUGGCGGGAGCACCUGCGGCAGCUGAGGCGCCAGCGCCGCCCGGGGCGGCCCCGCACGGGCUCGGGCCCGCCGUGACCCCCGGCAUGCGGCCGGCAUGCGGGCGUGCUGGAGCGCUCCGCUCCGCCCCCGAGGGGCCGUGCCGGCGGCACCGCGCAGUGCCAGUGGGUCGAGUAGGGGAUCGGCUACAGAGCUAAUCUACCCCAAAACUGUUUUUCCCCCGCCUAGUCUACGAACAAAUAAGUAGAGUGCUCCGUGGAUGUACGGAGCAUUCUGCGUUUCCGUCCGUCUCGCAGAUGCGACGGAGAAUUCAACUUCGGGGUAAAUCAAUUCGGCAGUCAGUCCCCUACUCGUGUGGGUGGGGCUGCGGCUGCGGCUGCGGCCUCGGCUGCUGCGGCUGCUGCGGCUGUUGCGGCAGCUGCGGCGGCUGCGGCGGCUGCGGCGGCGGUUGCGGCGGCUGCGCCGCCGCGCACCGCCGCCCGCGGGGAGGUUGGUCCAGUGGUGGCUGGCCUGUGGGGAAAAAGCACCAGGAGAGUCUGGGAG